CAAACAUUUCACCGCCACAGAACCUGCAAGGCAGCCAUGAAGGAGCGACGUCUACUCUUUGUGACAUCCAUGAUGUUGGUGUUCAUUGUCUUUCUUCGCGUGGAGCUGGAGAAGUCCUUCAGGAGGAGCCCACUUCCUGCCGUCCUCAAGAGUGCCGUAGAAAACCCGACGCUGAAGGACAGUUGUUUCGACUACGUGAAUUUCACCGCAGAGAACGUCUGCUGCAAGAUGCGGAAGUACACGGAGGGCGACGUGCUGCGCUGCGUCGAGCGGUUCAGCGCGGAGCAAAGGCUACAACGAGAGAAGGCAUCAAACACCAUCUUCCGAGCCAACUCGACCGCCUUGCCUGCAUUCACCCACAUUGCCCUGGUGGGAGACUCUCACAUGAGGAACCUGUUUGUGUCCGUCGCCGAGCGUAUUGGUAGUGACAAGCUGCAAUUCAGAAUGAAGUCUGAAAAGGACGUCUGGCGGGAAGCAAAAGGGGUGUUGAAAACAAUGCAUUUACAGCAGUUCAAAUACACUUCAGAGGUGCGGCACGUGAGCGCCCCUUUCCACGCCACGUGGUACAAGGACUGGAAGCUCGACGGUUUCCCCGAACUGAUUCAUCGCUGGGAAACAAACCAGGAGCUCAGACCUUCGCUG